GGCGACCAUGGAUUGGCGGGCACGCUUUACCGUACUUGUACAGAGCAGAGCAGGUAGGCAGUGAGUGUACCUACCUACUUACUUUGCGUCAAAUUCCCACGUUCCAUCAACCAGCCUGCCACUGCCAGGAUGAAGGCAGGUCCGGGUUUGUUCACCAUCGUCAUUUCCUUCUCCUUCUCAUUCUCCUUGUCCUCCUUCCUCCCCUCCUUCCGCUUCCCCUUCUGCCUUCUCUCGGCCGUGCCUGCCUGCCUGCCUCCUAUUUCUCACCUCAUCCUACCAUGCCGUUCCUUCACAUUGUUCCCUUCUUUAUACAUGGCGUCUAAUUACUGCCCUGCCCCAAGUUCGGAAACAGGAACCCACCCCAGUCUAAUGCUUAAACUUGGAUGCAUCUACGUAGGUACCUAUGUACCUAUCUACCUAUUAAAGAGGUGGGAGGUAAGUGUGUGCCUAUUUCCGAGCCAUCUCUGCUUGGCUUGGCUUGACCCUGGGAGGACUUGACUUGCCAUGCCUGCAUCGCUCUAGCGUACGACAUCCGGCGCCACUGAAGCAGCCGCUUGUUCGUCUUCAACCUCGCCGCCGCCCCACGCAACCUGCGGUGGUCAUCGUCCCAAAGGCAACUCCCGCCAUGUCCCACCUACCUAGGUACGUACCUAGCUAGGUAUUCGUCGAAUCCAAUAGCCUCGUAUCUUCUUAGUAGGCUGCACUAGGUAGGCACCACUGCUGAUCGGGCCGCACAUGUCGAUCUGAAACCCGCUCUCGACUGCCCGGUCGGCAAGAAAACGGGUGAGAAAAGG